AUAUUUAUGUGUUUAAAUAAAUAGUAGCUCAGUAACUCACUAACGUAUCUUAUUCUAUGUAGAGAGCUUUAGAGUACUUCUGUAGUAUAGGGUGAGUUUUGAGUAACUUGUCAAUGUGUCUUUUAGUUUGCUCAAAUAUUUCACUGAAACAUUUUAACGCCACAAAUUCUUUGCAGGUAAAAAGUUGCUUUUUAAAAGUAAUGAAAGUCGAUUUUGAGAUAAACAUCAUACACUAAAAUGUUUUGUUCAUAAGUACUUAUGUUAUUUGGCUGCUCUUAAAAAAAUCAGUAGGAAAUAUUUUAUCUUUUUUUUGCUGUGCAACCUUAUUAUGUUAAUAUGCACUUAGUAAUCCCGUACGUCUGCUUGGUUUCAAGAACUUUAAUUAUCGUUUGCAUUUUAUGUUACCAAGAAUGCUUGUAUGACAGUAUAUGGUUAUUACAGGAAUUCUUAUUGGCUAAAGUACUGCAUAUCACGUUGAAAUAGUUUUGAUUUAUUGCUUCUAUCCUCAGAUUUUUGUUUCGUUUUUCUGCAGUAUAUGUAGCAUUAGUCUGUAAAGUUAUAAGCUAUUGAUGUGAGCCUUCUUGGUAAAUUAAUAUUUGUUGGUUGGGGUUUGUGCCAUCAACGGUUAAUGAUCUUACGUGGUGUGGUUCAUACUCGGUCUCAGUGGUAUGAGUGGAUUUAUACCCUAUCUCCCUCUAAAGUUUAUGUUUAAUUAUUAUCUCAUUCUCUUUGACUUGGAAAACGUUUGAACUAUAACUCUCUUUCAACCUAUAACCUGAACAAUAUAUUUACAUCCUUUUUCAGUAGUUACUCGGUUUAGCUGUUUUUGUUUAUUUAUAGUACUUUAUAACUUCAAAUAAAUCAAAUUCAGUCUGUUUGUUCAUGUAUAUUUUCCGAGCUCAUGUUAGUGCUCUCAUAUAAAGUUUUUAUAAAUAAGCAUUGUUUUUGACCAUUCUUUAAGAUAUUGCACAUAAUUUCUAACAUUCAGAUCGUGUAACUAUUAACUUUGCAGAUCAUUUUGUAAAUAUACAGAGCAACUUAUGCUCGGUUUUUCCUAUAAAACGGAUUUUUAUUGAGUGGCUUUUUUCCUAAGAUGCUCGUCACACAUUACAGUAUUGAAAAAAAUGUGUUUAUCCACUAAUAAUAGGCUCUUAAAACUAUAAGAAACUUGAAAACUUCCAUUACAGAAAUACGGAGCUAGAUUGCAAUAGUAAUAUAAAGGCAGUUGAUAUGACUGUCUUGAGUUUUACUAUUCGCAUUAAUAGAUGCUUUUCGGCGGAUGUAUAGAGUAUUAGGCUUUUCAAAACUUUAUAUUUAAUGACCAGGGGUCUAGGAAUCUGCAAAUUUAUCUAUGUAUAAUUUAUGCAAUACAAGGUAUUUGUAACAUUUCCAUGCCACUUUAGCGGCUUUUACGUUUCGCGUUUCCGAUUAAAAUAAAAUGGAAUUAAUUUCAAGAUAUUGUUGGCUUUACGAGUUGCGUCAGUGUACUGUUAAAAUCUGUAAAUGAAACAGCUGUAAACAGAAAAACAAGUUAAGAUAUGUGUAUUUACUUUUCUUUGGUUUUCCAAACUUUUACCAAUAAAUAAUCACACAUGGAAUCAUAGAGACAGGCUAAAUUUCUCAAGCUCAUGACACAUAUAUUUGAUGCCUCACGCGCACUUGCUAUGCUACACGGUAGUAACUGAACAAAAAACUACUUACUAAAAGCCUCAGGUACCCCGAUUUUUCAGUUUAACCGUUGUCUAUUUCUUUAAUGAAGGCAGGAUGUUGAUGGUUUUGAAACGUUUAGUCUAUAUGUCCGGAAAAUAAUUUUGGCAGUCUGUUUGUUUAGCUGGUUGAUUAUUGUCUGUAUAAUCAGUUUGGUCGGACUAUUUUUCAUCUAUCGUACCAUGGGACUCGAACACUGAAUCAGACGUAAAUCUCCGCUUACUGUAACCGUAAACAAAUGUCCCUGUGUUAGUAAUAUAAAAGUUAGUAAUGAUUAUCCGCUUAAUAAAUGAUUUGUGGAGGUUUACAGGGUUUGAAGGUAGUUUCCAUCUCACACUAAUAUCAUUUGGGAAACCAUGCAAACAAUCAAGGUAAUGUGGAUGCGUAUUAAUGAUGUUGGAUAACGGUCGCACCCUACCAUGACCUGUAUAAAGCUGGAAAGUGUGAACUAUUUGAUUCUUAACAGUAUCAGGCUAGCUGCACAGCGGAAAGGUUUUUAUGCUCUUUUACUGAGUCGCGUAUGUGCACUGAUAUGGAGCCCUGUAAACUAAGCUGCAAAAAUCUCCAUUGUUCCCUAAUUUUAAAUGUUUGUAAGUAAUUUUCAUUUACACUUGCUGAUUUAAUUAUGAAUAAUGUGUAGAAGAAUUUCUAUUGAAGCUAUCCACUUUGUGUGACUUAUUUCAAUUAUCUCUGUCUGUUUUGGUAUAGUUAACAUAAAAAUAGGUAUAUUAAAAUGAGAUGUACAUGGUUUUUCCUAUAUAUAUCGGGCAUCGUAAACACAGACUAGUAUUCAUAAAAUAAAGGUUGAUUCCCUAAUGUAUUUUUUAUAUAAUUCUGUUUUCUAUUCCAAGAAAUGCGUCAUGAUUUCUUCAAAAAGCAAGAAUUUCAAACGAAAAUCAAAUCAUAUCCAAUUAACUGAAAAAGAAAUCAACGAUUUCAUCGCACACAGUGAUGAUGAAGAGACUGAUGGUAGUGAAAGUGAUUGGGAUGAUAUGGGUGAAACUGAUUUGUCAACUAUUCUUUCAAGUUCAACGACUAAUACAAAGGAUAAUACUGUUAGCAAGUUAUCCAAUGAGAUAGCUACAUCAUCUAAUCACAAAAUAACUUGUAAUACUAUCAAAGAUAUUGGUGUCAACGAGUUGUUUGGCUCGGUACCUUCCAAUGUGUUAUUGAAUGAAAAAGAAAUCAAUCCAAAUAUGCAUGAACUGUUCGGUGAAGCUAAUUUAAGUGACGAUAGUAGUGAUGAUUAUGAUAUUAAUCAAUUUCACGGGAUCGAAGACGAUGAAAAUGAUCGUGAACUUACAGAAAAUGGAGUUAGUAUUCAGAAAAGUUUAUCAGUUAUACAACAUUUAGAAAAAGAUAAAUUAAUUGAACGUCAUGUUAAUAACAUAAUUCAACUAGAUGAAGAGGUAACAAAAAGGAAUUCUGCAUCAUCGUCUACUUUCAAUGAAAGUAAUAAUAAAAAUAAUAAUUCAGUUAGUAUUGCUUUGGCAGCCUGCGCCUCACGACGUCAAAAAGCAAUCUCUGCACUGAACAAAUCUUCAUUCACUCCUAACUCUGUCGUUUCAGCUAAAUCCACUGUUAUAACACCUGUUUCAAAUAAUAACAAUCAAUCAACUUCAGUUGAUAAAGAUUGUUGGCUUGCGAUCCCUACAAAACUUAGAGUUUAUCGGCCACGAAUUUCCUCUGAACUAUGGUCCAGCAGAACUUCUGAUCGUGAGGUUCUCACUCUACCUCAAUAUAUUCAACGUCAUCGUAACCACCAAUUUGUCAAUAACGCUAAAAAGUCUUUUACCAGUGAAGCCGUUGUGGUUGGUGUCAUUGGAUCCAAAUUGCCUCCACGUCGCUCUCGUAAUGACCGCAUCUAUUCUGUCUGGUGUCUAAGUGACCUGGAAAAUAUUGGUCCUGGAUCUUCAUCAGGGUGUUUGAAACUGUUUUUGUUUGGUAACUGCCAUGAGAAAUUGUGGAAAGAGCCUGAAGGUAGUGUGGUUGCUAUUCUAAAUCCUCGCUCACUUAGCUCUGGGGAAUCAUUUACAGAUGAUAAAGAUGUUAGCAUUACACUGGAAUCACCAUUACAUGUUAUGAUCUUAGGUGAAUCGCCUGAUUAUGGAAUUUGUAAUGCAACAACAAAAUCUGGUCAAUCAUGUUUUCAUGUUGUCAAUAAAAGCAUUUGUCGCUUUUGUGAUUUUCAUGUGAAAAAAGCUUAUAUCGAGGCAAGUACAUCGCGUCCAGGAUUUGUGAGUGCAAGUUUACCAGGAUUCGGUGGACAACAACGAAAAUCACGAUAUACUGGUGAUCGUCCCCCAGAUACACCUGAACCAGGUGUAUUUACACUUCCCAUAAAUACAAAUUUUUUGGUCGAUAAUUGCUACAAACCUGUUGUAUCUUCAGCCAAAGUUAAACUGAGUUUGACCAAAUUAAAAGCUGCUGGUUAUCAAGUAGAUACAUCUAUUGGAUUAGCUAAAAAUCCAGAAAUGACUAAAACAUCGCAAGAAUCAUCAUCAUUCCAAUCCCCUUCAUCAGUGGAUAAUAUUAAAAACUCAAAUUUAUCUGACAAGGAUAUCCCAUUAAUUACAGGAAAGGAUUCUCCAAUUAUUAUUAAUCAAAGUAAUAAGAAGUUAACCGAAGAAAACUCAGAAAAUAUUCCAAAUCACAAUAAUCAAGUAAAAACCGAACUUAAUGAAGCAGAAAACAAACUUGUAUCUGUACUACGUAGACCAUCUGCUGGUUCUUUAAAUUUAUUAAGACAUUUAGAACAAGAAAUUGAAAGUAACCCGGUUUCCGCUAUAUCCAAAACUGCUACUAAACGACUUGUGAAUAAAUCAAAUUCUGAAAAAUCUCUAAACAAUUCUCAAGAAUUUAGCUCACGUCUAAAUUCACCAUCUCAUGUAACAUUUGCUGAAUUUUUCUCUAAUAUUAAUGGAAAACAUAAGCCUUCAGUAUCGACACUGCCUGCCAAUAUCAAGCCUAGUCUGAGUAAUAAAUCAGAACAACUUAUUGAUUUAGGUCCUUUACCAUUGAUGACUAUUUCUCAGACAACAUUGUCACGAUCUGUGUCAUCAUCUUCAUCAUUGAUAACAGAUGCAGCACGUUUGCGGGCUACAGCUUUAGUUAAUGCUCAAGGAGGUGUGAAGAAAAUGACUGAAAAGGAAACUUUGAAACGGAAAGCAAAUUUUUCGAAUGUUUCAUCUUGUUCAAAAGUGUCGGUUUUAUCUGAAAUUCUCGAUAAUAAUCCUUCAAAACGUGCGAAACUCACUUCUUCUUCUUCAUCAUCAUCUUCAUUGGAUUUAAAAACUAAUCAACAUUCAAAUGAUGAAACAACUCGAAAAUUAUUAAAAGAAAAUCGUGCAAAAAAAUUAACUGAAUUAGCUAAACAAAUUAAUCAAGGUUCAGCGCAUAAAAAUCUAGUUGAUGUACUUGAAAAUCAAACUGAACAAAUUCGUUUGAAUAAUUUAGAAAAACGUGAUGAAUUUGAACAGAAACUUGUAAAUCAAGAUAAAGAAGCAUGUACAUAUGUAAUAUGUGAAACGUGUAACUAUCGUGCUCUUAAAACAGCUCCUAACUGUCGUACCAGUAAUCACCAAAUUAAAUAUCUAAAGGGCUUCAAACAUUAUUUUCGCUGUCGUCAGUGUUCAAAACGAACUGUAUCAUUAGACCGUUAUCCUUCAAAACCAUGCGAACACUGUGGUGAAUCUUUAUUUGAAAAAACUGGAGUAAUGAAGGAACGCAAAGGUGUAUUACUACCUCAUGAACAACUUUUACCUCGUGGUAUUGAAGAGAAAUUUCUUAGCUAA